GCCGGCGGGGCGCCGCGGCAGCAGCGGCUCAGGUUGGCGACGGUGCUCGGAGCCUGCAGCGACGGCGCUAGUGGCCGGCGCCGGCUGCUCGUGGGAUCGGGCGGCUGAGCAGACGCGCCCGCCGGCCGCGCGGCCGAACGUCUCCGGCUCCGGCGGCAGCAACUCCGGCCUCUCGGCUUCGGGGCUUUGCGUGUAGCCAGGUGAAGCCCGAGCACCCGCGAGGUCCCCGCGCCGGCUCGCACCCGGGGCACCUGCACCGCCGAGCGAGCCUCGGGCAGCGCUCGCCAGCGCGCGGGCCGCGUGGGGGUGCCCGGCGGCGCGCGGGGAGCCGAGGCAGCACCCCGAGGAUGGAGCCGCGCACCCGGCGCGCGGGCUGUGGCGGUCUCCUGCUGGCGCUCGUCGUCGCGGCCGUCGGCGGCGAGGCCAUGCACAACUGCGAAGAAGUUCGCAAACUUUUCCAGGGUCGCCUGGUGGGAGCUGCCCGGGGGCUGCCGGAUUCUCCGCGGGCAGGACCCGAACUGCAGGUUUGCAUAGCCAAAGAGCCAGCGUGUUGCACCAGGAAGACGGAGGAGCGCUACCAGGUCGCUGCUCGCCGGGAUAUGCAGCAGGCGCUGCAGGCGUCCAGCUCGGCCCUGAAGUUCCUCAUCUCUCGGAACGCGGCUGCCUUUCAAGAAACCCUGGAAACUCUCAUCAGACAAGCAGAAAAUUACACCAGCAUCCUUUUUUGCAACACCUACAGGAACAUGGCUCUGGAGGCGGCCGCUUCGGUUCAGGAGUUCUUCCUGGAUGUCGGACUCUAUUUAUUUGGUGCCGACGUUAAUCCCGAAGAAUUUAUAAACAGAUUCUUUGACAGCCUUUUCCCUCUCGUGUACAACCAUCUCCUUGACCCUGGUGUGACCGACAGUUCUCUGGAAUACUCAGAAUGCAUCCGGAUGGCCCGCCGGGAGAUUAGUCCGUUUGGGAACGUUCCCAAAAGAGUCCUGGGGCAGAUGGGGCGGUCACUGCUGCCCAGCCGUACAUUUCUGCAGGCACUGAAUCUGGGCAUCGAAGUCAUCAACACCACGGACCACCUGCACUUCUCCAAGGAGUGCAGCAAAGCGCUCCUGAAGAUGCAGUACUGCCCCUACUGCCAGGGCCUGACUCUCAGUAAACCUUGCAUGGGUUACUGCCUCAAUGUCGUGAGAGGCUGCCUGGCGCACGUGGCAGAGCUGAAUCCUCACUGGCACGCAUACAUCCGGUCCCUGGAAGAGCUGUCCAACGCCAUGCACGGAACCUAUGACAUUGAACAGGUGCUGCUGAACUUCCACUUGCUGGUUAAUGACGCUGUGAUGCAUGCUCAAGUCAGCGGACAGCAGUUAUUGGAACAGGUAAAUAAGAUCUGUGGCCGUCCAAUGAGAACACCCACACAGAGCCCCCGAUGUUCUUUUGAUGGGAUCAAAGAGAAUCCUGGGAUGAAGAUCGCUACAAGAAAUGGUGAAGAGACACUUGCCAACAGAAGAAAAGAAUUUAUCAGUAGCCUUCGGCUGUACAGGACAUUCUACGGGGGCCUGGCUGACCAGCUCUGUGUCAAUGAAUUAGCAGCUGCUGAUGGCUUGCCAUGCUGGAAUGGAGAAGACAUAGUAACCAGCUAUACUCAACGUGUGUUUGGAAGUGGAAUUAAAGCCCAAUCUGGAAAUCCUGAAGUCAGAGUCAAAGGAUCUGAUCCUGUGAUCAAUCAGAUUAUUGAUAAACUGAAGCACGUUAUCCAGCUGUUACAGGGUAGGUCGCCCAAACCCGACAAGUGGGAGCUUCAGAUGGGCAGUGGCGAUGGACCGGGGGAGCAGGUCAGCGGGGACUGUGAUGAUGAGGAUGGCUGCGGCGGAUCCGGAAGUGGAGAGGUUAAGAGGACCCUCAAAGUCACAGACUGCCUUGGGUCCCAAUGUGGAGUUCUUUGGAUGAUCUUCUCGGUCCUAUCUUGGCAUUAAAAUCUCCAACAAUGAUCUUGUAGAAGGGAUGCCGGAUGAGAUGAACCUCAGUGAUGUCAAGCAAAUCCAUCAAACAGACGGAGGCAGUACCUUAGACACAACUGGAGCGGGAUGUACAGUGGCAGCUGAUUCCGUGUCGUUUUCUCUGAUGGGUGUGGUGAUGUUACUUCCGACGCUUUGGUGACUGAACCCUUCUGCCCUGCCACAGAAGACUUCUUGGAGUCUUGUUUCUCCCUUUCUUCAGAUGCCAGGAUUUCGAAUUUAAUAAUAAUAUUUAUGAGAAGGUGUGUCACACUAACACUAACUUAGAAACUGAGUUGGAAUGUUCACAAAAUAUCUUUGAAAAAGUCAGUGUUCCAACAACAGACUCUUUGAAAGCAUCCUCUUGAAAUUUUACUUAACAUUCUAAAAUUCUAACCCUUUAAACCUGCAAAUGUGAAUAAUACAAUGAGUUGGGAUAAGAAAGAUUAGGGGUUCACCUUAACCCAAUUAGCCUCUACUAUAACCAUUUUCACUCUGAAAGAGAUGUUUUGUGUUGAAGUUGCAUUUGCAGGACAAUGAAAAUAAUGCAUUGUAUUUCUUAGAAUACUUAAGUUAGAAUUCCAUUAAUUCCGUCUAAACAAUGGCAAGUAGAAUGCAUGCAUUUUCAAGAGAUUCUUCUGAUUUUUCUUUUCAAGCUAUAGAAAGACACAAGUGAAAGUCUGUAAAUUAUUGAUUACCAAGAAAUAUUUCUUGUAAUUUCAUAGAAGCAGUUUGAUCAUUUUUAUUCACUGUAAUUUAGCCACAAAGUUUAACAUUGAGUAUUUUGCUAGCAUAUGGCCUGUAUUCCCUAAUGUUCAAAACGCAUUGUUGGUAUCGUGGCUCUCUUCUUUCUCUGGCUACGUUGCAAGCAUGUGCCUGCUCUAAGAAUAUCUCUAAUAAAGUUACAUAUCAUUUAACAGAAAACUCCAAUGACCAUUGAUCUUUUUGUUCUGGCAAAAUGAGACAUUCACCUGCUUUUAAACAGCGUUUUCUAAUUUUUAAGUUGACGUUGAAAGCAAUUAACUAUAUAUUCAAAGUUCCUGUGACUGUCUGAACACAUAAAUUCAUAAAGAAAAGGUGGUGUUCGGGGCUUUAGCUCUUUUCCUGUUUGCACAUUAGGAGAGUUGCUGAUCCACAGUUCCAGAUUUACCAAUGGUGGUGAAGGCCUUGAUACAUCCUGCCUACCACUGUAACUGUAAGGAAUGCAAAGUGAAAGACUGAAAAAGAGAAGCCUUCAACUUAGAAAUUUCAUAAGAAGGAUUCAAUACCAAUUCUGAGAAAAGGGACUCAGCAAGCAUUUGUGAAGUGAAAUCAAUCUCUCUGAAUCAGGGAACUCUUUGUGUUCAAGACACACUUUCUCUUGGGUUCCCAAUGAACCAAAUAGUCUUCAGUUGGUCAAUUUAAACCACAAUUCUAAACUGCCAAAUAAAAUUUAAUUUUCUGCUCAAACAGGCCUCAAGACUGGAAACACUGUUCUAGUCCACCUGCAAUUUUUGAACAUGAUUUUUCAAGGUUUUAUUCUAGACCUUAGUAUUUAAUCCAUGAAUUACUUAAUUUACUACCCAUUGGUACCACCGCAUUCCACAAAUUAUAACUUUUAGCAUAUACUGCUUAAUUUUAUCUAUAUACACAUAUAUAUUUGUAUUACUAGAGUUCAAAUAUUUGGAGAAUAUGGAAUUUUCUUAAGAGCAUAAAACAGAGUUUAAUAUGCUCAAUAAGAUUAUUCAUCCAUAUAUAACUUACUCUGUAGCCUUUUACAUUUAUAUACCUCUAAAUAAUUUAUAAACCUCUUUCAAAUAACAAAGCAUGUCAUUUGAUCCCCCCCUUUGCUCCCCAAAUGAUAUUUAACUUUUUAGUCAAUUAUUUUUAAUGUGACUAGCUUAUAUAGAGGUAUGUAGAUAUGGGUCUUUUUUUCACCCACCUAUUUUAUUUUUAUUUGUUGCUUUUUUAUUGAAUCACUGUGAGACAGACCAUUACAAAGCUGUUCAUGACUGGAUUCCAGUCAUACAAUACUCGAACACUCAUCU